AUGGCAACUACUACUACAACAACCCAAACCCUUUCCAUCCUCGCGGACUACGAAGUCCAUCACAGCGGAAAUGACAACCAUGACGUACAGGAACAUGCCUCCCCCAUAACCACACGGCAACCCACAGACUGGCCAACAGACCACCGUCGUAUGCCAGGCUACCGUCCCACAAAUCGCAAUCUGCCUUUCGAGGAGAGGCCUGGGGGUAGUAAUCCGGCGGAGAUGGUGUUUAUUCAAGUUAUGUUGCAUGGCGUGUGGCUUAAUGCUGCUGUUUCUCGACUCUGGAGGUUUACUGGGGGGAGGAUUAAUGAUAAGAUCUUUCAUUAUGACGUUGGUGGAGAGUGGUAG